ACACACACACACACACACACACACACACACACACACACACACACACACACACACACACACUCUCUCUCUCUCUCUCUCUCUCUCUCUCUCUCUCUCUCUCUCUACAUCGCGCUCCCGCACUGUCGCUCUGAUCAGGGUGGAGCAGGCAGCCUCCUCCUCCUCCUCCGCCUCGGUGUCACCGUGCUGCGGGAAGUCGCUCGCUCGCGCGCUCGGGAAUGGUGGUCGGCGGGUGAAGCUCCUCUCCAGUCGGGAGACAUGGAGGACUCGGAGAGCGCCGCGGAUGACGGACUGCUGGCCACCUGGCGAUGGAGCCGUAACGCGCGGGAGCAGGUACAGCUGAAGCAGAAGAUCAGAGACCUGCCCGGUUUACUGAAGCACGGCUUGCAUUUGAGAAAGAAGAGCCAGUCACCUGACACCGUCCCCGGACCCAGUACUGGCGUCCACACCAAAUCCAAGCCGUCAUGCUCUCAGAGUUUUCCCUGUGCAGGCCGCGCACUGAGAAACGCAUUUCUGUCCCACGGCCCGUAUCCAGCCAAAGACAAGAUCCACUUGGCACGGAUCAUCAGGAGGAGUUAUGUAGGUGUGGAGCUGGUGCAGUGGCUGCUGGAGCAGUGUGUGUUUGUCCAGUGCAGGAUGAUGGCUGCCCGGGUUUGGCAGGUGCUGCUGGAGCUUGGCAUUCUGCACUCAGUGGACCAGCGAGUGGUGUUCGAAGACUCCAACACAUACUACCAGUUCUCCUUUGAGGAGUGUGACACACAGGGCUGUGAGUUUCGCUCGGAGGAGGAGUGGCAGAACGGAGUCAGACUGCUCAUGCAGCUCGUCCCCUACGUCCAGUUCAGGGUGGUCAGUCCUCCCGAAGAGGAUCCCGAAGGAAAACGGGAUAUCUGUGGCGAAAUUCUGCAGAUGAAAGCUUUGGAAAGGCUUACAUCCACGGUACAAAACGAACUAGCUGCUGCCCUGGCAAGGAAAGCACGGAAAUCAAUGUCUGAGGACGACAGUUCGGAAACUGGAGAAAGUUCCCCACAAGAACCACAGAAGCCAAUUGAAGACAAAGCCAAGGAUGGUGUGUGUGCGCUGAGGUCCCCCGACGAGUUUUCACGCCUGGAGAUGGUGCAGAGGCUGGCCAAGGAUGGCUGCCGCUUCCUCCAGAACCAGAACUACAGACUACCUGAACGCUCCGCACAGGCGCAGGGCGAGGCAGCGGUGCGGGUGUGUUUGAAAGAGAGGGGUCAGGAUGUGCUGGUGCUCCAGAGAGUGGCGUCUGAUCGAGCAUCGCCUCAAACAGCGGGAGGAGUCAAAGAGGACGACGGCGAUAGGAGGUACGUGGUUGUGUCUGGGACACCCCAUAAGAUCCUGGAACACCUGCUGAGUGACCUGAGGCUUGACGAACACCAGGGGGCGAUGGAGGGCAAAGAAGCCGAGAUGCUGCUGGAUGACUUUUUGCUCACCUAUCUCGUGUUCAUGUCCACCAACGAUCUCUGCCAGGCGCUGCUCGGCCAUUACUGCACUAAGCGCUGCCGGGGUAAGGAGGAAGGAAAGGAGGCCCUCUACAGGAAGAGGAAGGUCCUGCACCUCGUCUCACAGUGGAGCUCUCUGUAUAAAGACUUCCUGCGGGAGGAAGAGCACGUCAAACUGUUCAUGAAGACGCUGUACCGCUAUGUCCUGGAGGACGUCUAUGAGUUCCCCACCCUCGAGAAGGAUCUGAAGGAGUUCCAGAAACUUCUACGCCGUAGACACACUGUGGAUGAUUAUUCACCUCACCAAAAGAACAAAGCUCUUUUCCAGCAGUUGAGUCUGCGGGAGAAUGGCGUCCAGCUCCGUGGAGCACACAGUGAGCAGCGAGAAGUAAUGUGUCAUGUGUACGUGAGCUCAGACUCGUAUCUGAGCAUGAGAGUGAGGACAACAGUAGUGGCUCAGGAGCUCCUGCAUACCGUGGCUCAGAGGAUGGAGAAACCUGUAGAGGACAUGGUGCUGGUGGCCCAGACCUACACCGGAGAGAAACGUGUCCUUCAGCCUCACGACUGCAUUUUCUCCGAGUCUCUGGCUCUUCCUGGGAGACUGAUGGCCUGCUGGAGAGACCUGAAUGAGAUUCUGCCUCCCCUAACAGACUGCGUGGAAUUGGCACAGCGGCCGUCGCGUCUCCUCGGCAUCAACACGUGGGACGUGUCUGUGGCUCUCACCAACCUCGACUGGAGCCUGUUCAACUCUGUACACGAGCAAGAGCUGGUGUACUACACGUUCAGUCGACAGGCGAGCAGUGGCCACACGGUGGCGCUGGAGCAGCUCCUGCAGCGCUGUAACGAGGUUCAGCAGUGGGUCAUGUCCGAGGUCCUGCUGUGUCCUUCGCUCGGAAAACGAGUCCAGCUGCUCAAGAAGUUUAUUAAGAUCGCUGCGCACUGUAAAGCACAGAGGAAUCUGAACUCCUCCUUUGCCAUCAUUAUGGGCCUAAACACGGCAGCAGUGAGUCGACUCAAUCAGACCUGGGAGAAAGUUCCUGGAAAAUUCAAGAAGCUUUUCUCCGAACUCGAGUUAUUAACUGAUCCGUCUCUAAACCACAAGGCCUACAGAGACGCCUUCAGGAAGAUGAAGCCGCCCAAAAUCCCCUUCAUGCCUCUGCUGCUUAAAGAUAUCACUUUUAUUCACGAGGGAAACAAAACAUUUCAUGAUAAUCUCGUCAACUUCGAGAAGCUGCACAUGAUUGCAGACACCGUCCGUCACAUACGCCACUGUCAGACCGAACAAACCGGAAGCGAAGUUGCCCCGAGCGAUAGCGUGGACAUGAGAUCCAGCGUGCACUACCUUCAUAUUAUUGACAAUCAGCAGACUCUGUUCGAGCUCUCGCACAGACUGGAGCCCAGAGCGUAACACCUCCACCUGCUGGAUGCUCACUAGAAACGCAACAGCAUCUCCCUACUCCUGCUCACCGUGACACGUGUGCUGUGUCUUUCUUUCGUCUUUGUAAGCAGGUUCUCACAGAGGGAUCGCGUCAGAUUCCUCAGCACUGACUGAACAAACCGUCUCGUUUUUGGUGGCAUGCACUCGUUUGACCACUAGAUGGAGAGGUUGAGCCCCUUCAUGAAUAAAUACCAGUAUGAUCCUGUGGUGUUUAUAAUGCUUUUAUUGUCUCUGCUGAGUCAAUAUUCACUAGUCGAUGUGUGGACGAGCCAGAUGACACGACGUCAGACGUAUGAAGAUUUUUGAAGUUGCUACUUUUUUUCAAUGUUCUAUAGCACGUCUUUUUUCCUAGAGCUCCACGCUGGAGCAUACUGUGCUGUUAUUUUAUGUAUGUUUCAACUAUAUUACAGUCGAGAAGUAAUAUCGGGACACGACCCAGGCGUCACGGCAGUUUUCAGGGACUGAUGCCUGAGAUCCAGGCCACGUGUGACAAAAGCAGGACAGAGACGGUAAUGUGCUACGUCUGGACCCAGAGAUGUCAAAACCAUGGUUAAUACAGACUUUGUAAUUAUAAAUAUCGUCAGUCGUUGUGAUAUAUUUGUUUGAAUCUUUCCAGUGGAAGUGGUUUUAGCCCAACUUCCGUAACACAGUAUUAUUAUCGGAUACAUGGUUCUUUUUCUUCUGUGCAAUGCUCCAGACUCCUGAGUGCAGUGUUCGUUUCUCGCUUCACAUGAGCCAUCAGGUUUACUUUCUCUGAUGCCACAUUCGACCGAAUCGAUUUAAGCAGGAGGCUAUUUACAUUUCAUUUAUUAUUAUUAUUUGUAUUUUUUUUUUUUUUGCAUGCGUGCACAAAAUGUAAUUGCACUUAUUAUAUCUUUGUUUAUGCAGUAAUGUGUAAUAUUGUAUAUAAGUUUAUAAAUGUACAAGUUUAUCGUGAGGCAUCUGCUUACAUAUUCGAUUUCUGUGCCAAAUAUUAUAUUGGGAGAGUGAUUUAAUAUUUAAUAUUAAAACUUGUGAAACUUUAGCCUUAUGUGCAGCUAUUAGAUUUUGCAAAAAACAUACAAACAAACAAAAAAAUUAAAAAUGCCCAGACGUUCAUUUAUUUUUGGGUUAUACAAAUAUGAAAUACCUUUUUGCUCUAUGGGGAGUCCAUUUGUCUCAUUUUUAGCGCCCUCUGCUGGCUGGACUCUGAUAAUAUUUCAAUUCAACACUGACACUCUUUUGAAAGGAGUAUGAUUAAAAAUAAAUAAAUAAAUAAAUAAAAAGAAAGAAAG